AUGUCUUCAUCGCUAGUGAUGGCUAAAUGUUUGGGUCAACCCCUCAACCAAACCAUCAAAGUGUUGAUCCCUAAACUCAAAUUCGACACAUUCCUCAACAUGUACUUCAGGGACACGGAACAGAUUCUGGCCGAUGACCACAACCACGACUGCAAACCCGGCGAUUGGCUUCUCGUGAAGAAAUUGGAUCAGCCGUUGAGUCUUCGAGUGGACCAUCGCGUCGAGCGCGUCGUCUACAGAGCCGGUCAUGUCGUGGAUCCGUUGAGUGGCAAACAGUCUUUGGGUUACGAAUACGUGUCCGACGCCGACAGACAAUCGCAAGUAUUUGGUCUCAAACCUCCGCUCCAGAGGACACCAAACAACAGAUAA